AUGUCACUCAUCAUGGUGUUGCACUACCAAGCACCAACAGUAUCGUCCGGUUCAAUUUCACAGGCUCUGAUUUAUCACCAAGUCAGGAAAUACCUCUUACUACUCGAUGUCCGAAAAGAACAUGUCAAAUAUUGGCGUCCGCAGAUCUUACUUUUGGUAUCAAGGCCAUCUUCUUCUUGUCCACUUAUGGAUUUUGUCAAUGAUCUAAAAAAGUCUGGACUUUAUGUUGUUGGACAUGUGAGGAAAGGCGAAUUGGAUUCAAGUCAGGCUGUCGACCCACUGCAACAGCUCAUGCGUCUAUCUGGACUGGGCGCUAUGAAGCCAAACACAGUGGUACUAGGAUUCCAUGAAGCUACACCCAUCGACAUUACGUUACAGGUAUAUACUUUUCUAUUUAUUCUCUUGAUCAUUGAAUGA